CGCUUUCUUGGGAAGAUGGCGGCUGUGUCGGUCUUUGCGCCCCCGGUUGGAGGUUUCUCUUUUGAUAACUGUCGCAGGAUUUUGCAAAGAAGGGGUACAAGCUUCCAAAGGCCCGGAAAACUGGCACGACAAUCGCGGGGGUGGUCUAUAAGGAUGGCAUAGUUCUUGGAGCAGAUACAAGGGCAACUGAAGGAAUGGUUGUUGCUGACAAGAACUGUUCAAAAAUACACUUCAUAUCUCCUAAUAUUUAUUGCUGUGGUGCUGGGACAGCUGCAGACACAGACAUGACAACCCAGCUCAUUUCUUCCAACCUGGAGCUCCACUCCCUCUCCACUGGCCGCCUUCCCAGAGUUGUGACGGCCAACCGGAUGCUAAAGCAGAUGCUUUUCAGGUAUCAAGGUUACAUUGGUGCAGCCCUAGUUUUAGGGGGAGUAGAUGUUACUGGACCUCACCUCUACAGCAUCUAUCCUCACGGAUCAACUGAUAAGUUGCCAUAUGUCACCAUGGGUUCUGGCUCCUUGGCCGCAAUGGCCGUGUUCGAAGAUAAAUUUAGGCCAGAUAUGGAGGAGGAAGAAGCCAAGAAGCUGGUGAGUGAAGCCAUUGCAGCUGGCAUCUUCAACGACUUGGGGUCUGGAAGCAACAUUGACCUCUGCGUCAUCAGCAAGAGCAAGCUGGAUUUCCUCCGUCCCUACUCGGUGCCCAACAAGAAGGGGACCAGGUUUGGCCGGUACAGGUGUGAGAAAGGGACCACCGCGGUCCUCACCGAAAAGGUCACUAGCCUGGAAUUCGAGGUGCUGGAAGAAACAGUACAGACCAUGGACACUUCCUGAAGGGCGUUAGUGGCUGAUUGGGCGUCGUUCUAGACGACUGGGGUGUUGGAGGCUCCCCAGAAGACGUUCCCUUGGUAGUGUUUGCUGAAUGAAAUCCAAUAAAAGAUAAAUCAGA